AUGGUCGAAGUUCAACCAGAGCAGACAACCCAAUACAAAAACACAGCACAGAUGUUCCAAAACAUCCCCGCAGAGUCCAAAAGCGAGGACGCCCUACCAAAGGGAGUAGUUCUCGACAAGGACGGAAAGCCUUGUCGCACCUGUUCCUCCCUCUCGUCAUGGCGUGCCUUAACCAAGCAAGCAGACAAGAAGAAUGCUACAAACCCCAGCACAGCCGCAACACCCGCCCUCGCAGCCGCAGCAACACCCUCACCAAGCGAACUCCCCUCCGACUGUCCACCAGACGUUGAACAACUAGGCCGCUCAACAUGGACACUCCUGCACUCAAUGGCAGCUACAUACCCCGAAAAAGCCAGCACAGAACACCAGAGCAACAUGGAAGGAUUCUUGAAGUUUUUCUCCAAAUUGUAUCCGUGCUGGGUAUGUGCGGAUGAUUUCCAGGCGUGGAUGGCUCAUCCGAGUGGACGGAAUCAGCCGAAGUUGGGGAGUAGGAAGGAGUUUGGAUGGUGGAUGUGUGAGGCGCAUAAUGAGGUGAAUCGGAAAUUGGGGAAGAAGGAGUUUGAUUGUCGGUUUUGGGAGGAGAGGUGGCGUAGUGGGUGGAAGGAUGGACGGUGUGAUUAA